AUGGAGGGAAAGCGAGCAAGCUCGGAGAGAAGCGACAUUCUAAGAAGAAUCAGAGAGAUAACAAGAUCUAUGAUCGUCGAGCUGAGCAACGGAAGCUCCAAGAUGAUGGCAAUCGAUCGGUUUAAAAAUUACUGCACUAAUUCUCUUGAAAACUGCUGUUGCAAGUUCAAUUUAUCCGAAGGGAAGGAGAUUCUAACACUUCAAAAGGAAAGCCAUGUCCGUAGACUAGAUGUCUUGCUUAGAGUUCUACUCAUUGUUCGGCAGCUUCUGCGAGAAAAUAGACAUAGCUCGAAGAGAGAUAUAUAUUAUAUGCAUCCCUCUGUGUUUUCAGAUCAGUCAGUUGUUGAUCGGGCAAUCAACGACAUCUGCAUUCUUUUGCAAUGUAGUCGGCACAAUCUAAAUGUGGUUUCUUUUGGAAAUGGGUUAGUGAUGGGUUGGUUGAGGUUCUCAGAAGCUGGUAGGAGAUUUGAUUGCAUAAAGAAGCCUAACAGUGCCCACUCCAUUCCUGUUCAAGUUGAGGAAGUCACAGACAUUGUUAGUGCUGCGGAAUACAUACUCAUCGUUGAGAAGGAAUCAGUUUUCCAGCGUUUAGCAAAUGACCAGUUCUGCAGCAGAAACCGCUGCAUUGUAAUCACGGGACGUGGAUAUCCAGAUGUUCCCACCAGAAGGUUUUUGCGGCUUCUCGUUGAUGUUUCGGCAUUGCCUGCAUUUUGCUUGGUAGAUUGUGAUCCAUAUGGUUUCGAAAUUCUAACAACAUAUCGAUUUGGUUCCAUGCAAAUGGCGUACGAUGCAAAGUAUCUCAGAAUUCCACAUCUACGCUGGCUUGGUGCUUUUGCUUCAGACUCUGAGAAUUACAAUCUUCCAGAACAAUGUCUCAUCCCAUUGACUAUGGAGGAUAAGAGAAGAACCGAAGCCUUGUUACUCAGAUGCUACUUGCAGAGAGAGGUACCACAUUGGAGGUUGGAAUUGGACUCAAUGCUGCAAAAGGGUGUGAAAUUUGAGAUAGAAGCCCUCUCUGUGCACAAUCUUUCCUUUUUGUCAGAAGAGUAUUUACCAUCCAAAAUAGGAUGUGUUCAUCUUAGAACUGGUAAAUUCUAGGUGAUUGUUAAACGUAUACAAGCUAUAAACAUUAGAAGUUUUUCCCAGUGUGGUUGUUAAUAUCCACAUCAUGGAUCUCCCAAAUCCGAAGUUAGGUGUUGAAGUUUGAUAAAACUGAAAUGGAGGA